AUGCCAACGAUCGGAGUGGCCAAAUAUCCCGGAGGGCAGGAGGAGUCCAAAGACUUCCGCGCCCUGGUUGUUCGGGGUGCCCGCCCCGAAUGCGAUUUGGUCACGUUCCGGGGCGUUGCCUUCUCGGCGGAGGAGCCGCAAACGUGGCCGGAACGAACCAGCGAGCCAGCCAACCGCCAGCCAGCCGAGAGGCGCCUCGGAAAAGCGGGCGGAAAAGGAAUCCAGGGACGGCAGGAAAUAGGCAAAAUUCAAAAUUACCCAAGGAUGACGCACAGUGAGAAAGGAGGAGGAGGAAAAGUUGCGAAGCGGGAUUCGCAAAAUGAUUGGGAUGCUGUAAGGUCGGCGCGGUUUUUCUCGGAUUUGCAGGAAAAUGAGGUGCGAACGAUGCACUAUUUGGGCCUGGCUUACCUGGUUUUGGCCCGUCGCCCAAGAUUGCAACUGAAGGUGCCGCUGGCCACUCAGAACUACGAGGAUGGAGCGAAUGUGGGAGCCGGGGAGCGAGGAGGCUUUGCCCUCCAGUUGCUGUUCACCUGCCCCUCGAGCUACCCGCUCCAGGUGCCGCAGGUGGAGAUCGUCGAGAAGCGCAACAUCAGCGAGACCCUGGAGCAGGCCCUCCACGAGGAGAUAGCCCAGACCUUGGAGCAGCACCUGGGCAUCCAGAUGAUGGUGCCCGUGGUCACCCGGCUGCAGAUGCUGAUGAACACCGAGAUGAGGAGGCAGGCGACCUGAGAAUGAAGUGGAUGCCAUCACUAUAUCCUUUUGUUUGUGCCUUAGCUUGGGCUCAUCUUUUUCUCGCCCUGUUUCGUUCAUGAAAACAUAUUGAUACUCCUUUCUAGGCAGGAAAAAGUAAAUGAACCCUCAAAUUAUGUCUUA